GAUUGAUUUUGUAAAAUGUGUGGAUUGAAGCGCUGUACGAAUACUGAUGCCAAUAACAUCAGUGGUCGCAUCUUUUAUAGCGCCAUGUACCGGAAGUGUAAAACGAAAGGAAAAUUCCGUCACCAAGGUCUUUUUAACCGGAAAAUGCGUCGCUUGGGGUUUGUUAUAAAAGCAGACGAUAUUUGGGUCAAACGAUCACAGUUCACUUGCAACGUUUUCACGAUCAAACCCAAUCGAUCGAAGGAUCAUUCAACUGUAACCAUGAAGGGAUUCAUCGUGAUCGCCGUCCUGGCUCUGGCCGCUGUCUCCAACGGAUCCUACCUGCCAGCUGUGCAGUCGGUCCUUCCGUACUCCUACAACUCUGGACUGUAUGGACUAGGUCUGAACUCGUAUGAUGGUCUGGGUCACUAUUCCGGGCUUGCUGGACUAGGAUACUCCUCCGUGUUGGAUAAUGGACUGUCCUACCCAUACUCGGCCGCUCUUCCGUACUCUGUCUACAACAACGGUUUGUACGGAGGAUACCACGGCGCCAAGUAUGCCCCAACUGUGGUCCAGGCCAACGUGAACGCUCUGAACACCGUCAAUCCAUUGGGUCUGUAUGGAGGAUACUAUGGAGCGAAAUAUGCCCCGACUGUGGUCCAGGCUAACGUUAAUGCUCUGAAGACAGUCAAUCCGCUGGGUCUGUAUGGAGGAUACGGUGUGGAAAACGGAUACGGUCUGGGUCACGGAUAUGGCUACGGAUACAACAACUACCUCCCAGCCCAGGCCCAUGCUGCGAAGUACGUUGCAGCCAACCCGGGAGCCGUCCAUGUAGCCCCGCUACCAGGACAUCUAGUCAACCAGAAAGCGAUUGUGGCAUAAAUGAUGAAUUUGUAAAUAAAGGAGAAAUCUUACAAUCGUAAUGCUGUAUUUAAAGGGAAAGGAAUGGCCGUAUUAGUUUCAAUUAUUAGUACCUUAGUUAGUAGCUAAUUGAUUUCAAAAGUGCUGAUCGAGGUCGGGAAGUUAUUUUUGGAGGCCCAAUGCCCAAGCCCCCAGAAAACACCACGAAGGAGACUUUUUAAAAUGUUAUUUCAGUUCUACGGGGGGUGUAUUGCUUUUGCUUAUGAAUUUCUUAGAGAGGGGGAACUUCCUUUUUUCUGUUCCGCAACUUGUUGACGAGUGUUCAAACCUUUCGUUUGAUACCCACAUCAAACACUUUCGUCUUCGGGACCUUCCCGACUGACGGGGCCCUAGACAGCCGCUGCACACUAUCGUUACAACCGCCACUGGGUAGCACUUACACAUUGGUUGGUGCCAAUGUAACCGUGAAAGGGAACAUUAAGGGGUGUUUAAAAUCUCAGAAUAAAUUAUUGAAAUGUUCUGAUUUAUUUAAAUCCUGAGUAAUUAAAGUCAGUUUUCUGUUUGUAAACAAUCCUUUUUAAAGUAUCUCGUUUUGUAACGUCUAAUGUAAUAUUUUUGUGGAACACUUGAAGUCGUUAGUGUUAUUUGCAAAAGUUCUGCCUAGAUCCGAUAAAAUUCCAGAUUAGACAUUACAAUCACAAAGCAGAAUUCCAUUAGUGGUUUACUUACGCAGCAACUUCUUAAUAAGCCACUUAUUUACUAUGUGUACAAUUCAUUAACUAUUAUGUUUAUGAACUUGUAUUCAUUUAGAAAAAAACAUAAAGUAUGAUAAAGA